ACCAAAUUUGUUCCACAGUUGAAAACACUACGAAGUCGCCAAAACAGGAGGAAGAAAAAACAAGAUGGCAUUUAAAGGAGACUGUGGUUAUUAUAGUUAAUUGAUCUUAAUCGAUGUGCGAAAGGACGAUAGCAGAGUACAAGGAGGAACUUGCCCCGACAAAAGAGGAGAAUGAGCGUCAUCGUCGAGUGUGUGUUGUUUUCAAGGAGCCUAACAUGUUACACAGAGCAGACAUUCAGCAGAUUAUUAGAUGUGAAGAAGAAAAUCUCUCUCUUUCGCACAGAAGAAGCUUCACUUUGAAGCUUGAGGAUCCACAGCCCCUCCAUUUUAAAGUGGAAGAGGAGGAACCGCAGUACCAUAAUGUUAAAGAGGAAGAUUCACAGCCUCCCCACAUCAAACAGGAAGAGGAGGAACUCUGGAUCAGAGAGAGAGUGUGUCUUCUAGGGCAACUGACUGUGAAGACUGACGAUCAUGAAGACGAACCACCUGAGUCCUCCCAGCUUCAUCACAGUCCAAGUAAGCACAACAUGCAGAUGUCAUCUAAUACAGCGUUUGGAACACAUUUUCACACAGGGUCCACUCAGCAGCCCAACAGCAUUAACGUGGAAGUGGAGGAACCACAGUCCCCCAGUUUUAAAGAGGAACCAACCCCUCAUGUUAAAGAUGAAGAGGAGGAACCACCCACCUAUUUUAAAGAUGAAGGGGAGGAGCCCCAUUCCCCCCACCUUAAAGAGAAAGAGGAGGGAGAGCGUCUACUAGGGCAGGAGGAGGCUGAUCCCAUCAAGUUACCACUGACUGUUGUCUCUGUGAAGACUGAGGACCAUGAAAACAAACCACCUGAGUCCUCACAACUUCAUCAUAUUCCAGACAUCCAGCAACUGACUGGACAUAAAAAAGGAUGUGAACCUCGACCACAGGCGGGAAGCUUCGCUUUGGAGCAGCCCCGUUAUUUGAACGAGGAAGAGGAGGAGCCACAGCCUCCCCACUUUAAAGAGGAAGAGGAGGAACUCUGGAUCACUGAGAAGUUUCCAUUGACUGUUGUCUUUAUGAAGACUGAAGACCAUGAAGACAAACCACCUGAGUCCUCACCUCUUACUAGUCCAAGUGAGAAGAACAGAGCCGUGGAACCUUUAGGCUGCAGCUCAGCACAACCCAUGACAACAGAAUCUGGGGGAGACCCCUGUGGAGGAUCACAAGCAGACAAGCUCUUAGCUCCACUGUCAGAUAUUGACAACACAACGUCACAAUUUAAUGUAAAUAUGGAAUCACACAUGAGAACACACAUAGGAGAAAAACCUUAUUGUUGUUCCGUUUGCGGUAAAACGUUCUCUCACAAAAGUAAUGUGCAAACACACAUGAGAACGCACACAGGAGAAAAACCCUUUGUUUGUUCUGUUUGUUCAAAAGCUUUUGUUGUAAAAUCAAAUUUGACUUCGCACAUGAGAAAACACACAGGAGAAAAACCUUUCUGUUGUUCAGUUUGUGGUAAAACCUUCUCUUUCAAAGGCCAUGUCAAAACACACAUGAGAACGCACACCGGAGAAAAGCCAUUCAGUUGUUCAGUGUGCGCAAAAACGUUCUCUGACAAAGGUCACAUGCAUACACACAUGAGAACGCACACCGGAGAAAAACCUUUCAGUUGUUCAGUGUGCUGUAAAACGUUCUCUGACAAAGGUCACAUGCAAAGACACACGAUGACACACACAGGAGAAAAACCUUUCAGUUGUUCAGUGUGCGGUAAAAGAUUGUCUGACAAAGAUGGACUGAAAAAACACAUGAGAACACACACGGGCGAGAAACCGUUCAGUUGUUCAGUAUGUGGUGAAAGAUUCUCUGGCAAAUAUAAGUUUCAAACGCACGUGAAAACACACACAGGCGAAACAUCUUACAGUUGUUCAGUGUGUGGAAAAAUAUUAUCUGACAAAAGAAAUUGUCAAACACACACUAGAACACACACAAGGGAAAAACCUUUCAGCUGUUCAGUGUGUGCUAAAAGAUUCUGUGACGAACGUAGCAUGCAUAGACACAAGAGAGCACACUCAGAAGAAAAACCUUUCAACUGUUCAGAGUGCGGUAAAAGAUUUUCUGACAAAAGUAGCAUGCAAAGGCACAAGAGAAUGCACACCGGAGAAAAACCUUUCUGUUGUUCAGUGUGCGGCAAAACGUUCUCUGACAAAAGUAGCAUGCAAAGGCACAAGAGAACGCACACCGGAGAAAAACCUUUCAGUUGUUCAGUGUGCGGUAAAACGUUCUCUGACAAAGGUCACAUGCAAAGACACACGAGGACACACACAGGAGAAAAACCUUUCAGUUGUUCAGUGUGCGGUAACAGAUUGUCUGACAAAGAUGGUCUGAAAACACACAUGAGAACACACGUGGGCGAAAAACCGUUCAGUUGUUCAGUGUGUGGUGAAAGAUUCUCUGACAAAUAUACAUUUCAAACGCACAUGAAAACGCACACAGGCGAAACAUCUUACAAUUGUUCAGUGUGUGGGAAAAUAUUAUCUGACAUAAGAAGUUGUCAAACACACAUGAGAACACACACAGGGGAAAAACCUUUCAGCUGUACGGUGUGUGCUAAAAGAUUCUGUGACGAACGUAGCAUGCAUAGACACAAGAGAACACACUCAGAAGAAAAACCUUUCGACUGUUCAGAGUGCGGUAAAAGAUUAGCUGACAAAAGCAGCUUGCAAAGACACAAGAGAACGCACACCGGAGAAAAACCGUUCAUCUGUUCAGAUUGUGGUAAAAGUUUCUCUGACAAAUGUCACAUGUUAAAACACCAGAGAACGCACACGAAAGAAUAACGUUUUCUUUUGGGUCUGGUCCAUAUCAACCAUUCAAGACUUAGCCAGCCCACCUAAUGUUAUGAAUUGCAAAACACUCAAAUUUAUUUGUAGUACUGGCAAAACUAAAUCAAUAUUUUUUUUGCAAUGUUAGAUACAACGUUUUUAGAGAUGAGUCACUGAUGUGCAACUUGCUCAAAGUUAAAUUUAAGAUUUACUAUAUUAUUUCAUUUAAGAAUACCACAGAUUAGUUUAUGUUACCAUUGAGCAUAUCUUUUAAAUGUCUAUAUUUAUUAAAAUGAUUAACUAUAUUGAAUAGCAAAACACAUACACAAAAGCAGCAACUAACUAUUUGUUGUUGUUAUGAUAGAAUAUGUAAACUGGCUGUGGUUGUGUUUGGGCCUGUUCAGCAGAAUCUAAUUGGCUCUUUUUGUAAUUUGGCGGGCUAUUGGAGGAGCAGAGAGUUGUGAAAUCUCAGUUUAGCACCUGUUCUGCCGUCCACACUGGAGAGCGCUAACGUUAUGAGUCGUCGGUCCAAUGAAUGUGAAAUGUGCUGUUCAAAAACACUAUUAAUAAAGUGGGGAUAAAUAAGAAACAUGUCAGAAUUGAUGCUUUGUCCUCCUACUAGAAAGUACGUGAUUUGUCACUUUAUGUUGUGAUGCUAAAAAAUGUUUCUUAAGGAUCUUUUUACAGCAUUGUGAUAUCAUUGGGUCUUUUUAUUCAUGUUAUUUUAUAUGGAAAAAGCAACAAUUAUGUUCAAAACGUGCUUUUGUAUUUUUACUGUUUUUGGAUGAGUAAACUUAAGCAUUAUAUGAGGCACUCCCGACCUGGACAUAAUCUGGACUGGACCUUGUUUUAAAGGCCUACUGAAACCCACUACAACCGACCACGCA